CACACGCGCGCACCGGGCACAAACAGGUGAGAUCACAUUUCUCCCUCACUCGCCGAAACCUGUCGCACAGGGGGAUUGUUUAGUUUGAAACUCAUUUCUUGUGAUCGUGUGGAGGAGGACGGUCGGAACUGUACGUACAGGAGCUGUUGGUGCUGGAAAAAAUGUUUCCUGAGAAAACAUGACCUCUCCAUUCAGAGAUGUGGACGGUGUUGAUGUUUCUUAGCCUGUGGGUUGUGCACUGUGCAGUGUCCUCCUCUCCUCCGGGCCCCAUCAGUGUCGUCUUCUCCUCAGUGAAUCUCAGGAACAUACUGCAAUGGGCUCCGGGCAAUGGCACGUCCGAGGACACGCGCUUUACGGUGCAGUAUGCCAUCUACGGGGACAGCGAGGAAGGAAGUAAAGGAAGACGGGUAAACUGGAGGUCGGUGAGGCAGUGCACGGACAUAACGCGGUGCUGGUGUGACCUGAGCAACGAGACGUGGGAUCAGGAUCAUGGAUACCACGCCAGAGUCCGCGCUGCGGGGAGGAGAGCAUCCUCCAAAUGGGGCUUGCCUCAGAGGAGAUUUGAUCCAAAGUCGGACACUAGUUUGGGUCCUCCGCUAGUUUCUGUGGAAGUAGCGGGCAACAACGCCAUCAUCGCUCUGAAGGGACCAAUGAGAUAUGACCCAAACAACCACACUGCGGAGGUUUCCAUGGCAACAGUAUACCCGCAGAUGACUUACAACCUCUCCAUCCGCAAUGUCGCUCGGGGACAGACACAUAAUUUCCAAGUGGUCUCUAGUCCGUACAAAUAUCAGCUGAUGCCGGAAACGGAAUACUGCUUCUCGGCCAAGACAAGAUUGGUGUCCAUGCCCAUCCAGUGCCAGCCCUCGGCGUGGCAAUGUUUCACCACGCCUCAAGACCCUGGGACUGUCCAACUGCAGUGGGUGGUUUGGGUUUUUGUUGUCCCAUCUUUGUGCAUCUGUGUGCUCAUGGUGGUUGGCUACUUUCUCCAUAACUACCUAAUGGGGAAAGGACAGAAGAGGCCAUAUACUCUGAGCCCCAGUUCGUUUCAUCCUCCCCUUCCAAACUUCCCUCCUGAGAAUCUCAACAUCAUUCUCAUCAGUGUAAUGAAAGAUGUGUCACCAUUAGUACCUGACGGCGCCAUAUCAGACCAUGCGUGCCACAAGAAAAACAUAGCAGAUCCUCCACCGAGAUACUCCCCGCAGAGGGCCGAGAGACCCCCGGAGCCCGACGAUUCGUCGGUUGACUAUGGAUUUGUCGGCGUCGCUGCUGAAAUCAGCGGCGGAGGAGGAGAGGAGGCCGGAGAGAGGAGGCGCGAUGGAGAAGAUGGGAAUAAUCGGAUCGUUGAACACCAGAAGUGCAUAGCAGGAGAGAGUUAUGAGAAGAAAGUGUGGAUGGUUGCGGAUGGUCCCUCUGCUGGUGUUUACUCUCCUCAAACCAAGUCCUACCUCUCACAGACGUCAACCCUCGCAUGCACGCAAACGCACAGGCCAAUACACUCACAGACACAGAUGAGCAGACUUGUACAGACGCAGGCGUGGCCACAGUCAGAAUCCGUUUCACUGAGCCAAAUUCAGGGAUCGUCGCCGUCUGAUCAGGGAGGAAGCGACGACGACAGAGAGUGUCCAGGUUUAUUUGUGAACAAAACGCCUCACACCGGCCUCUUCCACCUUCCUUCAAAUCUACAAACAAAGAAGAAGGUAGGAAUGGAGGAAGAGAUGGAAGAAAGGGUCAGAGUAGGAACAAAUGGAAAGGUAGAUGGAGGUGAGAGUGAGACUGUAGCCCUUCUUUCUGCCUACGCCUCCCAGAACGUCACAGAUAUGUCUAGCUCCCACACCAACCAAUCCGAUUUCUUAACAGAUGACUAUGGUGUUCAGAGUCCAGCUACAGCACACAGUAUAGAGGAAGGAGAAGAAGAAGAUGAUGAUGGAGAGGAGGAGGAGGGAACUAUUUGUAUUAAUUGGGACUCUGCAACUAGGAAACUGUUUCCAGAGAUGGCGAUGGAGCUCAACAAGGAGGGAGGCUGUGGUGGGUUGAUGCGGGGAGAGGAAGGGAUUGAGGGCAGAAUGGCGGGAGAGGAAGUGCAUGCUGCAGAGGGCAAGUUGAAGUUGGAAAAUGUGUAUGUCAGACAAGCUUCCGAGGAAGAGGCAGAGGCAGUGGCGCUGAGAAAGGUGGAGCAAGGUGGUCAAACAGGGUGGGAGGGGGAUGAUAUUAUGACCAAAUGGAACGUGGUCAUCUCAAUGGAUCCGUAGAUGAUAUUCAUCAAUAUUUUGACGCCAUUAUAGCAAAAAAAAGCUCUCUUCCUGCACUAAUCCACUUGACUUUAGUAUCAUGAUAGAAAUAAAAAUCAUGAAAAUAUCACUAUGCAAAAUUAGUUUUACUUUGAAUUCACAUAUCAAAAUCUGUUUACUGAUUAUCAAAUUACACUAAUCAAUACUUAUGAAGUUACCACACUGUGAUCCCCCUCGCUUUUGGGCAAACUUUUACUUGUAUUAUUAUUUGUAUGAUUGUUAAUCAAUUAGUUGUAGUUGUAGUCCUCUGUCUUUUUAUGAUUAACGAUUUAUUUACACCUAGUCACCGCUGAUGUCACAGUUCUCCAGCAACAACAACACAAAAACUAACUUUUUGAGCUGUGACUGUGAUUUCCGAUCACAAUAAUCCUAUAAAGACACUAAACAUUGUUUUUUUUUCUUUUACUUGUACAUGUUUUAUUCUACAUGAGCACAGUUUAUCACAACUCCACACAUACUGUUUGUGUUGCCUUGAUAAUGAUAACACUGGUUAGCAGUAGUAGUCGUGUGUGUGUGUGUGUGUGUGUGUGUGUGUCCUGGUUGAGUUUCAGGAAAAGCACUUAAACUGUCCUUAUUUGAUGUUUUUGAAGGAAAUUUCUGAUGAUCAGAGGAAUAGGAAGCUAGUGAUUCAUGUGUUGAUAUAUAAUGAAGACAGAACUAUAGCACUUUACUUUUUUUAUCCAAUAUAGGUUUUUAUAUGAAUAAUGAAUUAGCCUCACCCAUUCACUUGUUUCUUCUCUGGGCUAUGCGAACAUAUUUUCUGAAGAAAAAUAUUAAUUGCGUUACUGAAUCACAUUGUUUUUGAAACAUAGCUUUCUUGUUUGUUUUGAGCUCAGACGUCCAGAGGCUUGCCAGGAUAUUAUACGCUGUCUCAAUAACUACUUAAUUUUUGCCACUGUCACGUCUGCAUUCCAUCAACAUAGGCUUUAAAUAACAAUUGAAAAUAUGUAUUGAUUUAAGCACAGAAAAUACUUUCACGUCACUUUUGUUCCUUUGUUAUUUAAAAGAAUACCACCUGAAUUAUGUUCCCUCGUGUAGCGAUGAAGGAAAUUGUUACAGUCUUUUUGUUAAUGCCGUUCGUCUUUACACAAAACACGUUGUUUAUAGUUCUACCUACAUGAAGUUAAAAGACUCAAAAUGAUAUGUGAAGAAUGUGGUGAACUUUACUAAUACUGUACAUCAUAUUAGAAUGAUACUCUAAUCAGCAUUGUCUGUGUCAUAUUGGAAAUUACUGUAAAACGUCUUCCUGUACACUGUUAGCCUUCAUGUAUGCAGGUUGACAGGGAGGGCGAAUUCCGAAAUAACACGUCAUCUGCAAUGAGGUGGUUAAGUUUGAGGCCCUCCAUUGAGUUGUAUCUGUACCAUUUCUUAAAAUGGUUUUACUCUGGGAAAUAAAUUGUAAAACUUUUGUAAUGAUUUUGUAUUUUGCAUAUUCAGAAGGAAUAAUAAUAAAGUACACUUGUUACAUUG